AUGUCCGGCUGUUUAAGCUGGGUCGGUGCCGGCGACGGGCGAGUCCCGCAGCCAGGGACACCCCUCUCCCGCUCCCGCUCUCGCUCCCACUCGGGGCCGGCGCGCACCGCGGCAUCCGCAGACAGCACGUCCAGCCAGCUGCCGAGCAGCAAGCGGAUGCGCACCGCCUUCACCAGCACGCAGCUCCUGGAGCUGGAGAGGGAGUUCGCCUCCAACAUGUACCUCUCCCGGCUACGGCGAAUCGAGAUCGCCACCUACCUGAACCUCUCCGAGAAGCAGGUGAAGAUCUGGUUCCAGAACCGCCGGGUCAAGCACAAGAAAGAAGGCAAAAGCAGCUCCCACCGAGGCGGGGGCCCCGGCCACAGCUGCAAAUGCUCGUCCCUUUCCACCACCAAGUGCUCGGAAGACGACGAGGACUUGCGCAUGUCUCCAUCCUCUUCAGGGAAGGACGACAGAGGCCUGGCAGUCACCCCCUAGCCCCUGCACGCCAGACCCCGGCUCCCCAGAGACUGUGCGAGAGCAGGACGGGGAGUCCUGCCUGCUCAAGUGCCGACAUGCAGUGGA